GAGUUGACCUGGACUUCUAUGGGCAAUGUCGUCGUCUCCUCUUCCGGAGGGCAUGCGGGAACCCUGUGUAUAUUUCACAAGGACGCGAGUGUGUUCGUCGCAUGCACUCGUACAAACACUCUCCUUAGCUAGACGUCCCUCGGAAGAGAUGGUGCGGUAUCUGAAGGGGGCCCCUAUUGAUAUCGCUUCGGCUGGCCAGACGCCUGAAAACAAAGUCCAUGGGGAGGCGAGUUCUGAGGGGAGCGUUCAAAGCACACAUGCAGCCACGUUCGGACACUUCGGACACGCUUCCGCCCCAAGGCCCGUCAUAUUGGUCGGACAGCAAGCAUACAUUCCAGUACAAUAGUCCACAUGGCAACCCCAUCCCCAACCCUUCGAAAGCGGCCCUAUGCAAGAAUAGAUCAUCCACGAGCUUGAUAGAGAGCUGCAUUGGUUUCAGACGGUUUGUGGAGAGAGGCUGUCAAGCGCACUAUAUAGUCUGUUGCUCGUUCUGCUUCGCUACGAUUUUCACUUUCUGUCUUACCCACAACCAGUCCGACACAAGUCUCCGAUCCCAUCCUAUAGCACAGCUUCUCUCCUUAUCCACCAUACAAACCUUCAAGCAAAUCGUCAACAUGCUGACUGGAUCAAGUGAUGAAUUGGAGAGCGCCAUGAAAGAACUAGUGCACCAGGAAGUGCAACGCAAAACAAACAACGAAGUCAUGAACCGCUUGGAGAAGCUGGAGAAAGCUAUCACCACUGCUUCGGAAACGCAAGAGACGAACUUCAAGCUGACCUCGCUGCAACUUACCAUGGCAAAUGUCCCGUUAGGCGCGUUCCAGUACUAUGGCAAAUAUCAGACCGCUUGCAACAGCAGUGUCUUGAUUGUCAGCAUUCUGAAGGUUUUCCUGAAAGAUUCGGGUCACGAGCUUCCCAACGGUACCAUGACAGACCUUAUUCCUCCCACAAUUGACACCAUUCAGCGGUUCCACAACGCUGUCGUCGACGAGAUUUUCGGUCUCACGGGCUGCAAACCUAGAAUCGAGGGUGGCCCCGGUGGGAAGUAUUUCAUUUACCGCGGGGAGUAGGAGGGUAUCCAAGUGGUGUGACA